AUGACUCACCUGCCAAUCAUCCACAACCUGCUGGCCACCAAUCUGGACAUGGCGGAGAACAACAUCAGAAUCAUCACUCCACAAGAUUUCUCUGGCGUGCCGAACCUGGACACGCUGGACCUGAGUAAAAACAAACUGGAUGAUGAGGCGUUGAGCAGUAACCCGCUGUCUGACUUGACCUUUCUGAAGAAGCUGAACCUAGAUGGCAACAAGCUAACCACGAUCCCAGCGCUGCCUCCAUCUCUUGAGCAGCUCAGGAUCAACAACAACCAGCUCAGUACACUCACCCCUCACUGUUUCAAAGGUUUGACAAACCUGUUGAUUCUGGAGCUGGAGGAAAACUUCCUCCAUGAAGGCAGUGUGUCGCCGCUUACUUUCAGGCCACUACAGAGACUUCUGGACCUCCAGUUGGACAACAACCGCUUCCGUUCCCUUCCUCUGGGCCUUCCUCCCUCUCUGCAGGAGCUGGAGAUAAAAGCAAAUCAGAUUGAGGAGGUGACAAAGGAGGCACUGAGAGACUGUGUCCAUCUGAGAGUGCUGGACAUGAGCCACAACCUGCUGCAUGAGCAAGGCAUCGCUACCAAGGCCUGGUCCCGUCUCAACACCCUGGAGUCCUUGGACCUGUCCUACAACCGGUUCACCUCUGUCCCGAUGAAUCUGCCACGCCGUCUCCAGAAGCUCUCCCUCCAACACAACAACAUCAGCCACAUCACCGCCUUCACCUUCCGUCACAUGCGGUCGAGCCUACAGUCCCUCGGUCUAUCCCACAAUGCCUUGAGCAAUGAGGGCUUAGAGCGGGUCUCUCUUGUUGGAGCGUACCGCUCACUGGGUGAGCUCCUGCUGGACAACAACCAUCUGAGUCAAAUCCCUCGCUGCAUUCGCCAGUUUAAGAACCUGAAGUUGCUGAAACUAGACAACAACCAAAUCAGGCUGGUGAGGAAGUGGGGAGUGUGCCACCCUGGAAAUACUGACUCCACCUUGGCUUCCAUCCACUUGGAAAACAAUCUGCUGGAGGUGGAGAAGAUCCCCCCAAAUGCCUUCUCCUGUCUCUCGGAUGCUCAGGGCCUGGUCCUCUAUCCACAAAAGGGGCACUCGUAUCACAAAUAGGCUGCAAAGUUGGACAAACUAAGAUGGACAGAUACAUUCCCAAAUACAUGUACAUGCAUAAUCAUGGCAUACAGCCACUCAAUAUUUCUGUAGGCAGGGUCUACAGAAAAAUAUCUCUAUCAUGUUGUUUACUUAGUCAGUCAGUGCUAUCAUGUUAUCAUUAUUAUUGUCUUUCUCUUUCACUUCUCACCUUUGAUUAGGAGAAUAACAGUGAUGUGUUUGUAUGCAAUGUACACAGUAAUGGAAAGAAUCAUUAUGUAAAAGGUUAAUAGUACAUGACGGUUGUUUCCAGAUCUGCUCCAAACACCGGCCUAUAUCUGUCAUUUCAUUCAAGUAAGUGACACCUUUGAGGAAAUGGAGAAUAGCUUAAUCUAGUCUCAGUCUGGGGCUUGCAGGUGGAGCCUUUAGUCAGGUAAUGUAGAAACAAUGUGAAUGUGUUUUGAUUUGGGACACAGGGGGGUCAAAUCUUGGGACUGCAGCACGGGGGUCACUGAGAGAAAAUUAAAAUAUCUGGUGACACAGUGGGAACCUAAGGGGCCCAUUAGGAAAGAAAAUAUAAACAUCACGUAGGUUUCCUAUCACCAGAUGAUUUCCAACAUAAACAUCCACCACCAGCCGCUCAGCAAAAACACAUAAAGCCACUCUGACUGUGAGGGGAGCGGGGAGGUGCCUCAGUUGGGGCCUACAAAUGUGUAUGAGUGUGUUCAGUAAUUGGGGUGAAAAUAUGUGUUCAUGAGAAGACUGGGGCUGCACCUUAUUUGGGUUAGCAGUAGGGUUGAUGGUACAAAAAGGGGAGGAACAUGCUUAUCUAAGGCACGGAGUAAAACAAGCUGACUUUGAGGCACAAUAAAGCGAUUGUUCUUAGAAAGUCUUUAAGCCGAUCAGUUAAACAUGAGAAGAGCAGCAGUUCACGUGUAUUUAGGUCCAAUAGAAUGUGGCUGGAAGACAGAAACAGAGAGCUGGAGCACAUCGACAGAUCUUUUGGGAACUAAAGCCACUGAAGCUCUGUCGUCCUGCCAACCUUGUUGACAAAGUGACUUCCCGGACCACAAUGUUCUCUCCUUCUCUAUCUUGGUGUCUCUCGCCACAUAUCUCACUUUCCAUCUUUUCCUGUUUAUCCC